AUGUUGGGUGUAUUUUCGGGCACUGGGACGCACACGAUAUUUGCGGUCAUUCAGGCGUUCAAUGUGCAAGACCACCCCCAUAAACAAGCAACAAACGUAGCGGUAGUGUGGAAGCAUGAGCCUGCUAUAGACCAAUGCGAGUCCCUUUCCCUUGUGCAUGGGUUGAGCGCCGCUGUUCAUUGCGGUUGUCCCAAUAUGCUAGAAAGACAUGAGGCCGUCUAUACAAGGGGCAAAGCAAUCACCAAGAUCUCAGUCUCCUUCAGUUGCACCUUUCCGCAAUGGUCGUACUACCGAUUUCUCGCGGAGGUUCGAUUUGACCGCCUGCCUCCGGCUGGGUCGUGGCGGUCAUGUUUGUUCGACAUUGAGCUGGGUCAUGAAUUUACGCCAGGCUGCGCUAACAAGCAUUGGGUUCCUGCCAACAAUGACACUUUUCGGAAAACGGUGGAGCUUUCAGGUGCGAGUAGUCAUUAG